GUAGUCGCGUCCGCGAUUUGCGCAACUCUGUCCUCGCUUCCUCUCGCUCCCUCCUCGCGUGAGUCGAGAGCGCGCGCGCGCGCGCUCCAACACCCGCGGAAGCAAGUUAGUAAGAAGCGCAAGUAACUCGAUCCAAAGUGGUUCGUAACCGUCCGAUAAAGGGAUAGGUGGAGAAGGAAGAGGUGGAGGAGGAGGAGGCUUUUCUUUCCUUACCUCUCUAGCGCGGUAACCUAUCCAGCCUUUCUUUCCUCUCCUCUCCUUUCCUUUCCUUUCCUUUCCUUGUCUCAGUUUUUUGCUACUUUUUUUUUCGGUGGCCGAGUCUCGUUUCGACGAGUCGAGCGAGGAAGAACGGGGGGAGGAGGAGGAAGAGGAGUAAGGGGGAGGGAGAAGGGCAAGUAGGAGGAAGAGGAAGGAAGAGGAGCGAGAAGGGGUGCGCGCACGCGUGCGCGCGUGAACGAGCAACGCGAGCCUCUCUCGUGGGAUCCCCGAGUCGAACGGGAGAUCGCGUGCCGCGUGCAAUCGUCGAGGAUUCACCGAUUCAUCGACCGAUACGCGGGCGGGCAUCGGCACGGCUUCGACGCCUGCGAUCGAACCGCCUGCCACGGAGAGAGAGAGAGAGAGAGAGAAGGAGGGUGGGAGGGAGGGGAGAGAUAGAGGGGGAGAGGGAGAGACGGAUCGAUCGGUGGUUUCCGCGCGCGUCGACGCCUCUCACGGCCACCCCCGCCGCCAUUGAUCCGGCCUAUCGACGCGUCCCUCCCCCACGAUUGACACGCCGCUUCGACCGAUCCCUUCGACCCGAUCGACCCCGCUCGCCGACUCCCAGACGCGGAAUCGACGCGGCCCUCGCCUCGAAUAUCGAACAAUCGAAGGAGAAUCCCGUCCGCGAUUCCUUCUCCCCUCCCGAUCGAUCCCGUCUUUCGAUACAUCUCUUUCGCGUGUAUAUAUAUAUAUAUAUAUGUAUGUAUGUAUAUAUGUACAUAUAUUUAUAUGCAUACAUAUAUAUAUAUGUAUAUGUAUGUAAAUAAAAAGUAAUAUCUCGAUCGAGGAGCGCGAGGAAAUCCAUUGCUAUUUCUAGAAGAGGAGAGAUGCGAGAGGAGGGAAGGAGAAAGGUUGGUAAAUAAUAAGGAUAAUCUGAUCGAUAAUCAGAUCGAGCUAUCUCUCUCUCUUUCUCUCUCCCUCUAACGCGGCGCGUUUAGUCGAUGUUUAUGCUCGAAGUAUCGGCGCAUCGAGCAACGUUGGUCACGAGGUAUCGGAAAAUCGAUAGAAAGCUGACUGACGCCAGAGCGGUGGCGGUGGCGGAGGCGGCAGUGGUGGUGGUGGUUGUGGUGGUGGUUGUGGUGGUGGUAUUGACAAUGUCGGCGGCGCGCACGUAGCGAGAUCCCUCGCAGCCCACGACGACGACGACGACGACGACGACGACGACGAUCGCUACGACGAAUAACAUGCGAUCGGUGACGACUUAGACUCUCCUCCCGUUGGGGUGGCUCCAGUACCCGCCUCGCUCGUCGUCCACGAAGAAUCGUCUAUUAUCGUUCGAGAUACACGCGCAACUUCCCUCCGUCGCCAAUUUCGCCUAUAUCUCUUCGUGCAUAGAAAGAGAGAGAGUGUGUGAGAGAGAGAGAAAGAGAGAAAGAGUGAAAGCGAGAGCGUGCGUGCGUGCGUGCGAGAGAGAGAGAAAGAGAGAUAGAUCGGUGGAAGAAGGAAGGAGGGAAGGAAAGGAACAAAGGAAGGAAGGAAGGAAGGAGGAUAAGAGAGAGAGGUCGACCGAUACGCGGCUGCGUUCAGCUGGUUAGUCGAGAAUCGGAAGGAAGGUCGGCUCGAAUCCCGCUCGCUGCGAAAAGGGGUUAGGUUUUCACGUGGUUGAUAUCACCGUCGUGCUCUGCGCUCCCGAAGCGAGGAGAGGAGAGGAUCGCGCAGGUACGCUCUUCUCACCGGCACGCUCGUCGACAGACGGUGGUGGUGGUGGUGGUGAUGGUGGUGGUGGUCGGUGCUGGUGGUGGUGGUGGUGGUGGUGGUGGUAGGACAGAGGGGUGGUGUUCGUCGGUGGCGCGGAUACGCUCAUGAGACAAAUCAAGGAAAACGUGGACCGAAGGGAAAGGAGAGGGAAACACAGAAGAAGAAGGAGAAGGAGCAUAAAGAAAGAAGAAGUAGUACUGCACUAUAAAGAUAUAUAUACAUAUAUGUAUGUAUGUAUGUAUAUACAUAUAUACAUGUAUACGUAAUAGAAGUAGUAGCAGCACCUGGACCCCAGUAAGAGGAGAGCAAGAGCUCCUGGUAACCUCAGAGCGUGGCACGCGUCUCGCCGUUGAAACGUGCCGAAGUGAAAACUACUACUACGUGUGCUAGUUGGAAAGGGGAGAAGAGAGGGAGAGCACGAGCACGCCGUGGUAAAAGCGUGUGUAUACAGGGUGUACCAGGUGGUAGAGACCGGUGGUGGUGGUGGUGGUGGUAGUGGUGGUUGCGAGUCAGAGGGGGAAGGGGCGGAGUGAAACGGAACGGAAGGGUCCUGUGGACAGCUCGGUUCGUACAGGCGGCCACCUAGGGGGAGUGAGCGAGAGGGAGAGAGAGAGAGGAGGUCCCCCCUCCCGUCCAGGCUUCUCUCUUUCUCUCUCUCUUUCGCCCGGUUUCGCGUGCCUCUUUUUCUCACACACACACGCGCGUACACAUACACGUACACGUACGUACACACACACGCACACACGCGUCGUUCUCUCUCUCCCUGUCGCUCGAGACACGAAGCAACGUAUUCACUCGAGCGCGGAGUGUUCGUUCUCACUCGCUCCGCGUGUGUCAUGGGCGCACGGUGGUCGCCGCCGCUGUGGUACCGGAUCUCUAUGCCGAUCCAACGCGCUGAACAACGUGGUGGAGAAGCAGCAGCAGCAGCAGUAGCAGCAACAACAACAACAACAACAACAACAACAAUAACGUCGGGAAGGUCGACGGUGGUCGUUAACGAAGGAGCAACGAGAGCGAAGGAGAUAUCUACGGUUCCCUCCUCCCCGUGCACGAGACGCGUCGUCCUCGCUCUUCUUCGUCGUCGUGGUCGUCGUCGUCGUGGCGCGAAUAUUAUCGUUUCGACGAGAGGAUUCGCGUCCUCCUCCUCCUCCUCCUCCUUCUCCACCUCUAUCUCCCCCUCUUCCUCCUUCUCCUCCUCCUCCUCGUCGUCGUUUCCACGGUGCUCGGCACGCGACUGCUGCUCCUCCGCCGAACAGUGACACGGCCACAAGACGAAGGAAGGGAGAGAGAGAGGGAGAGGAAGGAGAGGAAGGAGAGCGAUAAAGCGCGCGUCCGAUUAAAUCGUAUCGAUCUCCGCGAGUAUCUAUCUGAUCGAUAGAACUUGCUCGAUAGGGAAAAGGGGGAAGAAGGAAAAACCGGUGAAAGGAAGUGGUAGUAGUGGUGGUGGUGAAGGAUCGAGGGACGAAGAGGAAAUAGAGAGAAGUGGCCGACCGAUAUAUUAUAUCCGAAGAAGGGAAAGGAGAAGAAGAAGAAGAGGAGGAGGAGGAGGAGGAGAAGGUAUAGAAGGUGGAGGAGGUGGUGGUGUUGUCGCGUGUCCGAGCACGGGAGAGCGAGUGCGCGGCCACCCGAACUAGAUGUGCGUAAAUGGAAGGUAUAGGGGACAUAGCCGAUCAUCAAUCGCGUAGCGAGCAAUUACUGGACUCGGUCGAUUCCCCGGCCGCCGUUUCUACGCAUGGCCGGGGAACAGCCGGUGGGGGUGGCUCGAAUGGGAACUGUGGCGGCGCAGGUGGAGGAGGAGGAAGCGGUAGAGGAACGGUGGUCGGUGGGGGUGGUAGUAGUAGUAGUGGUAGUAGUGGUAGUAGUGGUAGGCAUCACCAUCAUCACCACCACCAUCAUCAUCACCACCAUCAUCACCAACAUCAACAGCUGCAACAACACCAACAACACCAACAACAACAACAACAAACGAGCCAUCAUCUUCAUCCACAGCAACAACAGCAGCAGCAUCAUCAUCAUCAUCAUCAUCGGCAUCGGCAACAGGAAGGAGAGGGAACGGUGGGGGCGGGAGGAGGCAGACACAUCGUGGUCGUGGGCGGUAGUGGUAGUGGUGGUGGCGGAGGUGGAGGUGGUAGCGCAGAGGGUAUGUCGUCUUCCGCGUCGCAAAGUCCCGACAUCGCGUGCGCGAGCUUGCCGCUGGAACUACUGGCGGCUGGCGCGCUCGGCGUCAAGGAGGAGCGAGAGCUCGCCGCCGCGGAGGAUCUGUCGUCGUCCCAGGAGCCGACGGGAGGCAGUAGCGGUGGCAGCGGUAACGGAGGCGGUAGCAACGGGAACAGCAACAGCAGCAUCGGUAGUGGUAGCAGCGGCGGUGGUGGUGGUUGUGGCGGUGGUGGUGGUGGUAGUGGUGGUGGUGGUGGUAGUGGUGUCGGUGGUGGUGGUGGCGUUGGCAGCGGCGGUGGCGGCGGCGGUGGCGGUGGCGGUAGUAACAUUGGCGGCGGCGGCGGCGGUGGUGGCGGCGGCGGCGGCAGCGGCGGCGGCGGCGGCGGCAGCAGCAGCAGCAGUAGCAGCAGCAGCGUCGGCGGUAGUAGUAGCGGCGGUGGUGGUGGUGGUGGUGGUGGUGGUGGUGGAAGUGGUGGUGGUGGUGGUGGCAGUGGUGGUGGUGGCGGCGGUGGUGGUAGCAGCGGUGGCAGCAGCAGCAGCAGCAGCACCAGCAGCACUAGCAGCAGCAGCAGCAGUGGCGGCAGCGGCGGAGGUGCCGUCGGUGGCGCCGGUGGUGGCAACGGAAACGGCGGCGGCGGUGGUGGCGGUGGCGGUGGUGGCGGCGGUGGCGGUGGUGGAGGUGGUGCCGGUGGUGGUAGUAGACAGAACGCGAGGGAGUCCCUGUCGGUGAUCGUGCCACCUCAGGACGUGGACGUGGACUCGCGCGACGCCGACUCGGAGCUCCUCAGUCCGGGCAAGCUAACGCCGACGUCGGGGAUAAGCGUCUCGGUCGCGAGUAUGAUCGACGCGACGGACUUCAGGGCGAUGCAGCCGGAGCCUACCUAUCAGACGCUGACCUCGGUCGCGGAGAGGAUGUCGCCGCCCGGGUUCAGCCCGGGCUCGUCUUACGCGACCCUGACGCCGUUACAGCCGUUACCGCCGAUCUCCACGAUGAGCGACAAGUUUGUGUACAGUGCACACGCGGCGGGCGGCGUGACCGGUAGUUUCGCGGUCAUGCAGAACAACGGCCUCGGGAACAUCGGCCUCGGUAUGGGUGGCUCGCCGUACGCGUACGACAAAUUGCCGACGAUGAGCAUGUCGCCGCCGCACAAUUAUCCUUCGCCGGGCGCCGGCCUUCAACCGAGCCCAUUGUCGCCCCAGAGCGCCUACAGCCAGAGCGGAUUGAACUCGCCGCACAAAUCCGCCAGCCCUCACUACGAUCCGGCCUUUUUGCCGAGGUUGCAGCAGAGCCCGGCGGCGUUGAGCCCAUCCUCGCCGCCGGCCGUCUCGGCGACGGCAAGUUUCGCGCCUUCUCAUCAUUCCCCGCCCACGCAUUCGGUGCCCGCUGCCUCGCCACCACCUAUGCAGACCCAGUUGCAGCAGCAGCAGCAGCAGCAGCAGCAGCAACAGCAGCAGCAGCAGCAACAGCAACAGCAACAACAACAAUCGAUCCAACAGCAACAGACGAUAUCGCACACGCAGCACGUGCAACACACGUCGGUCGUGAUGAAGACCGUGUCGUCGGCCGGGAACGGGGCCGGCGAGGUCGAGGAGAUCAACACUAAGGAGUUGGCGCAGAGGAUCAGCGCCGAGUUGAAGAGGUACAGCAUACCCCAGGCGAUAUUCGCCCAGAGGGUUUUGUGCCGUAGCCAGGGCACGCUCAGCGAUCUGCUACGCAACCCGAAACCUUGGUCCAAGCUCAAGAGCGGCCGCGAAACCUUCCGACGGAUGUGGAAGUGGCUACAGGAGCCCGAGUUUCAAAGAAUGUCGGCUUUGCGGCUAGCAGCCCUGAGCAACUGCUCUGCCGAGAGCGGAGGCGAGCCGGAAGCCAUGCUGGAUAUCCACCACCCAGGAACAGGUCUCGAGUCUCAUCACCAACAGUUUCACAACUCAUAUGCAUGCAAGAGGAAAGACGAGAUGGCGAACCAGGCAGAACACCAACAGCCCGCCCCCAAGAAACCGCGCCUGGUUUUCACAGACCUUCAGCGCCGUACUCUACAGGCUAUUUUUAAAGAGACGAAGAGGCCGUCGAAAGAGAUGCAGGUGACAAUCGCUAGGCAGCUGGGCCUGGAGCCGACCACGGUCGGCAACUUCUUCAUGAACGCUCGACGCCGCUCCAUGGACAAGUGGAAGGACGAGGAUCCGAAGACCGUCGCGGUCGAGGAGGGGCAGCUAUCGCCCACGAUAGGUAUCGGGCAACGGCAACCAAGCGACGUUUUGUGACACACGUCCGACCACGAGGAGUACCACGACGAGUCGCCCGAGGAAGACCUCCCCUUCUCGUAAGGGGGUCGCGGAUUUCGCGCGCGACGCGGCGAUUAUCACCACUCGAGACGCUCGACUGCUGACCUGGAACGUCAGUUUUCGGCCAUAUAUUCCCAGUUUCCACUCGUCGCCCCCCGUCGUCGUGGGAUCGUGGGCGCGCGGGGCCCCUCCCCCUCCCCCUCCCCCCCAAAAGAAACAGAGAGAGAGAGAGAGAAAAAGAAACGGAGAAAGGGCAAACGUCGACGUAGCGGGGAUUUUACACACACAUAUAUAUAUAUAUAUAUAUAUACAUAUUCGAAUUUUUCUCCCCUCAAAGGGGGCCUAGCUGCCUAGAUUAACGAUUCGUUCGUGUAUAUAUAUAUAUAUAUAUAUAUACAUAUUCGUGAGUAGAGAAUUUUGAGGGGGAGGGGGGAAGACGGAUGUUGUCGCAACACGCUAGGUUUCACCCCUUCGCGGUUGUCGUUCUGUUAGUGGGGGGAGGGGAGGGGAGGGGAGGGUUAGGAGAGGAAGAUAAUAGUUUGCAAAUGAUUUUUCGAGAUCGAUUUAUUUAUUUUUCGUUCUAAUUCGCUUCCUUUCGUCGAGUUGAGUGAGUUUUGUUUUUUUUUUUUAACUUUCGCGCGUCCACUUCGCUAUUUCUAUAUAUAUAUAUAUAUAUAUAUAUAUAUAUAUAUAUAUCUGAAUCGAUUUUUAUUUCUCGUUUCGAUCUAUUAUCUUUCGUGAUUUUGUUUCGUGAGCGAUAAUGAUUAAAAAUAUUUUUUACUGUAAGAAAGAAGGGGGGGGGGAAAGAAAUCGGUGUGCCUGAGAAACGAUAAAGAUUCGUAAAAUUGUAUUUCGCGGCGAAAGAUUCGGGAUGAACUGUGAAAGGGGUGGGAAACCGCGAGGCAAAAGUAUAUGUCGACUGGAACAUUUUCUUCUCGAACUCACGUGUUCUCUCUUCUCGGCUCGUGGACCCACCCGCGUUCGCAAAAUAUCUUCGAGAAAAGGGUUUCGAGGGGAGGGGGAUGAAGGAAAGGAAAGAGUGGAAAGAGAGAGAGAGCGAGAGCGAGAGAGAGAGAGAAGGGAAUAUCGUGCGUCAUUAUCUUAUAGCCCCUUUAUACCUUUAUAGAAUGUGCACUGUGGUCACUGUGAUAUAAUUUUUUAACGACGAGAAGACGAUCGAGACAGCCUUGUUCGUUGAAUAUUGCAGUUAUAAUACACGUAUAACCUCGCUACGUCCCGACGCAUCACUCUCGAAAACGCGAGCGAACACGAGUGUUUCCGACUCGAUUCGUAUUUGUAUUUCUUUUUCUUUUUUUUUUCUUCUUUUUUUUUUUUUUUUUUUUUUUCUUCUCCUCUUUAAACAAUUCGAUCAAAUUCGAAAUAUAUCGGUAUAUCAGAAGGAGAAAGGAAAGAGGAGGAAGGAAGAGGGAAAAGAAAAUAUAUAUAUAUAUAUGUAUAUGUAUACGUAUAUAUAUAUAUAUAUAUGUGUGUGUGUGUAUCGCUAGAAAACCACGUUCCAGGGGGAGGGGGGGGUGAAAUCGAGCAUCGUGGGGUCGCGUCGAAGAAGGAAAUCGCGUGGAUCAUCGAUCAUCGAUCAGCGAGACCCAAUUUCCCUCGACUCCUCGUUUUCUUUUUUUUCUUUUUUCUUUCUUUCUUUCUUUCUUUUUUCUCUUUUCUUCUUUACUCGUUCCCCCGGGAACUUGGUGCCAUAAUUUGCCAUAUUAGAGAGUAAGAAUGAGCCUGAGAUUCAGAGCGAUUUUCUAGUCCACGCGUGUAGGGCCGGUCCGCACGAUUGUAUUAUUAUUAUUAUUAUUAUUAUUAUUGUUAUUGUUAUUAUUACCGUUUUCCUUUUUUUUUUUUUUUUUCUUUUUUCUCUCUCCACUAUCUAGUCAAAAUUGCAAGAGGUGAGCCUCAAGUUCUCCGAUAAUUAAUUGGGCGCCUUGGACGGAUUCGGGGUCGACGGCCUUCCUCGAGCAAGAUGAUGGGACGAGCCUUGGUCUCGUUCCAUUCCAUUCGCUCGACCAUUCGCCAUGUUUUUUGCUAAUGUUCGUCGUUUGUAGACGGUUUUAAGAGAGGAAAGGAGAGGAAAAGAGAAGGAAAGGGGGGAAGGGGGAGGGGCAGUGGUCGAGCGCCGUCCCCUCGGCGAGAGGCGAGAGUAUACUGUGCACUUUUCAAAUUUUUAAAACGAAGAUGCUCGAUGUGUAAUAUGGAUUCUCUCGGUUGUUGUUCUCUCGCCUUUUCACGAGGGACGGGGCGGGGGAGGGGGAGAAAGAGAAAGGGGAAGGAAUAAAUCUGGGAUAGGUCCGAUCGUGUAAUUUCUAUUUUCUAAAAGAAAGAAAGAACAGAGAGAGAGAGAGAGAGAGAGAGAGGGAGAGAGAGAGGUUUAUCGAGUAAGACCGUCGUAUUAUUUUCGAUUAUUCGACGAACGUCGUUGAACAGAUAAGAAUAUAAGAGCGAGGAGAAUAGAGAAAUUCGUCCCGAAUCUUCCAGUCUUUCAUCAACCUGCUCGCGAUCCCUUCUCCUCUUCCCCUUCCCCCUACCCUCCUUCUCCCAAAUUUAAAGGUUUUCCAAAUUUAUCCGCCCCGAAAAUCAAAAUCAGCGACGUUCGUGACCUCGAGGGUGGUAGAGCGCGUGUAGAGGGGGGAGGGUAAAUUCCGAAUCGAAAAAUCGGAGGAACGUAGUUGAAAAUGGAAAGAGAGGGAGGGAGAGAGAGAGAGAGAAAGAGAGAGAAGAGAGAGAGAGAGAGGGAGAAGAAAGGGAAGGAAGGGAUCGUUGGAGGGAUCGAUCGAUGGUCGAAGAGGGUAUACGUACAUACUUAAAAAAAAAAGAAAAAGAAAAAAGGACUCGUCGUGUCCUCGUUGGUCGCUAAAAGAAAAACACAUUCCAAGAAACAACAACCCAUCGAAUUUACCAAAAAAAAAAAAAAAAAAGAAAAGAAAGAAAGAAAAAAGAAAAAUAGCGAGAGAGAGAGAGAGAGAGAGAGAAACACAGAAAGCUUCGUUUCUCCUCGUUUACCACUCUUAAUCUGUACACACAUAUACACACACACACGCAUACAUACACGUACACACAGACACACACCAAAGAUAUACAUAUAUACAUAAAGAUACUAGAGAAAAAGAUACUAAGUAGUUUAAAUACCAAAUAAUAAAUAAUUAACGCGAGAGGCGAGAGGAGAAAAGAGAAAGGGGGAUGGGUGGGUGGGUGGGGAUAGACAAAAAAAAGAAAAAAAAAAAAAUGUGGCAUCGUGUCGAGGGUGCACGUGCCAAGUGAUAUAUAUAUUCUACGUAUAAUGUUAAACGAACAUUGUAUAUCAGAGUGGACGCUGUUUUGCGCGAACCGACGAAGAAGAGGAGCAGACGGGAGCACACGGAGGCUGAUCGUUCGAGAGAAUUAGUGCGGGUCUCUGUCUGUUCGCCGGACAUUAUUAUUAUUAUAUAAUACGCGAAAGAUUUUGAAUUUUUGAAUGCGGCGCGCCGAGCGUGUGUGUGUUGUGUGUGUGUGCGCGUGUGUGUGUGCGUGCGCGAAGCGGAGCGAGACUAUACGCGGAGAGUAUAAAGAAAAAGGGAGAAAAAUGAACGAGAGUGAGAGAGAGAGAGGGAGAAUUUAAAAUUUAGUAUUAUACCGCACUCGAAGUAUCGUACCGCAAUUCGUGCUGUGCUAUUGUACAUAUUAAAAAGAGAGAGAGUGAAAGAGAGAGAGAGAGAGAGGAGGCGGUGAUGAUUUUGGCAAAGAUGAAGGAAAGAGGAGGAGAGUAGUUUUCGCGUUUUCCCGAUUGCACGCGAGCCAUUCCCUCGCCGAACAACAACUUAUUUUAUUCGUUUGCGAUCGAGGACGUAUUUGGUUUGGUGUUACCGCGUGUCACGCUAUGCGAUUUGUGCGGAUCCAUCGAGGCGGACGUUGCAUUCCCUCGUUCGAUGUCUAAGAUGUCUGGAUGAGAGGAGAUUUUUUUUUUUUUUUUUAAUUGGAAAAAUUGGAAAAUGAUCAACGUUCCGUCCCCGUUGAGAUCCAGAUCGUGUAAAGGGAGCGAAUAUAAUUGUACUAGUCUAAUGCUAAACUUAAUUUCCUUGGUUUAAAGAAAAAAAAAAGAAAAAAAAGAAAAAGCGUCUGAUUCCGUAGAGAAAUUGUCCCCGUGUUCUUGUCCCGCGUUCUUUCGGUUCCACGCGAUCGACGAUUCAGUUUCUCUCUGGCUAACGAAUGUGCAAACUUUGCAUGCAACGAGAAAAACGAGAAAAGGAUGGAUGGGAUGGAAUCGUUUUCGAAAGUCACCGCGAGAGAAUCGUACCAAAAUGAUUAAAGAAAAGAAAAGGAAAAAAAAAUAAUAAUAACGAUGACGACGACGAUGACGAUGAUGAUGAUGAUGAGGAAAGGGAAGCGUGCGUCGAUUAUAAGAUCAUAUAUAGUACAAAGUAAACAUAUAUUAUUGUAAUAACGGUUUAAUUAACUAUAAGGGAGAGAGAGAGAGGGAGAGAAAGGAAGAGAGAGAGAGCGCGCGCGCGAGAGAGAGAGAGAGAGCGUCGCUGUUUUCACAACACACGUGUGAGAAACGUUGCGCUGAAAUCGUGAUACACGUUUGAUUCUCCGGGUUUCGAUGAACAUAUAUAUAUAUAUAUUUGGUUGCGUGUGCGUAUCAUUGGAGAAAGUGAUGUAAAAAAAAAACAAAAAAAAAAUAAUGCAUGGAUAAUGUACGAGCGUCGAGUUUUCAUGGAAGUUUCCUCGUCCACCUCGAUAUUUCACGACACCGCGAUCGAGAAUUCUUGGAAUGAAAGGAUGGAGAGGAAGAUAAAGAUGUCAAGUAUGUUGUGUCACGCGCAUGUCGAGCGUCGAGCUGGAAAUUAAUGUCCAGUUAAAAUGGGAAAAUUAAGUAAUUCAACGAGAACGAGAAACGAAGAUUAUAAAAUAGAUGGAAGAGCAAAAGUUUUCGAACCAAGAUACCGAUAGUUGUGGGCGAUGUAAUCGAUGAUUAUUGAACGAGCCGAGUUUUCCAAACGGCCGAGAAAGUCGAUAAAACGGAAAAUGAGGAUAUCGUCGCAUCGUAAGAAAGAAAGAACGCUCGCGUGCACGGUUGGUAAAACAGGAGGUGAAGAAGAUGGCGACCGGGAACGAAAGAGAAUCGUUGCGGCUCAAUCACGUGGGAGAUAUAUGUGGAAAAUAUUAAGAGGAACCGCGGAAAGGGGGUGAAAGAACGCGAUCAGAGAACCGAUAUGUACGAUAAUUCUGUAAAUACGAGUUUAAUUGCGAUUUAUUAUUGAUUAAUUACGCUCGCGAUCGCGGACGAUAAUUAUUAUUACUACAAUUAUUAUUAUUAUUAUUGCCAGGAGUAUCAUCACCAUUUACCAUCGUCACAUUUGUCACUAUUAUUAUUACUAUUACUAUUAUUAUUAUUAUUAUUAUCAUUAUUAUUAUUAUUAUUAUCAUUAUUUAUAUUAUUAUCAUUCCUAUUAUUACUAUUACUAUUAUUAUUAUUAUUAUUAUUAUUAAUAUUAUUAUUAUUAUUACUAUUAUUAUUAUUUCGAUUUUUACCACUGUAACUGAAAAAGAGAGAAAGAGAGAAAGAGGAAAAAAAAGAUACCAUUGAUUAUCAAUAUAAAAAAAAACGUACUGUAAACGCGUUCUUUGUUCAACGUCGAUGAAAGUGUGCGAGAGAAGAGGGAUGAAAGGAUUUGGAUUUCGACGGAUCUUUCGUCUGUUGAGAGAAUUGAAAAAAAAAAAAAAAAAAAAAAACAA